AUGUCGAAAGAUAAAUGCAACAAAUGUAAUGUUAAAAUCAAAGAAAGUAACAAAGAGUUAAUUUGUUGUGGCAUAUGUGGUGACGGCAACCACAUCAAAUGUAUUCCGACUGAUGCUCAAUUCUUGACAGCAGUAGUAUCCGAUCCAAAUUUAUUUUGGCUCGGCAAUAGCUGCGUUAAGGACAUUAAAGAAGGCUUUAAAAAGAUUUGUGAUCUGCAAAAAUCCCAAAAUGAAAUAGUUUUUAACCAAGAUAAGCUUAGUGAUGAGCUAAGUUCUUUUCGUCGUGAGUUGGCUUUAAUUGACGCAAAUUUAAGCAAAAUGGCCAACAAAAUUGUUGAAUUUGAUAAGUCGGUAACAAAUGUAAACACGCAGAUUAAAGAUGUUGAAGGGGGUUUGAAAAAGAAUUGGACUGGAGAUGUAAAGGGAACCAUCAAAGAAGAAGUUAAAUCGACUACGUUGGCUCUGAACAAUGUCGUCAAAUCAAUUAAAAACAAUGUCGAAACAAUAAACCUCAUUACAAAUGAUGAAAUCAAGGAAAGUGAUAUUAAGAAAAUGUACAGAAUUGGCAAAAAAGGUGACAACCCACGUCCGAUGAUGAAACAAUUGAGUGACGAAUUAAAAAAUGUAAGCAUAAGCCAUGACUUCACUAAAAAACAGCGUGAGAAAUGUAAAAAACUGGUAGCUGAAGCAAAAGAUAAACAGAAACAGGAGUCGGGGGAAUUUUUGUAUAGGCAUACUAGCUCUGAUUGUGCGUCUUUAGUUUUCAACUCUUCUGGUAAUGUCAAUAAAAUUAAGGUGGGUCUGUUAAACAUUAGAUCUUUGGGUCCAAAUGUUGAUGAUGUUCAUGGGCUGCUCAAUGAUGGCUUGGAUGUUUUGAUGCUUACAGAAACUUGGCAUAAAUCCUCUGAAAAUAUUUGUCUUAGUUUGGCAAAGCCACGUGAUUUUAGUUUUUUGGAACAAGUUAGGCUAAAUGAUCCUGGGCAUGGUGAAGAUAUAUUGGUGCACCCAUCUGGUAUCUACUCAGAUCAUGGUUUAGUAACUGGUCAAUUUUUAAUCAAUCCGACUCCAGUCAUUUUCAAGAAAUCGUAG